UUUAGUACUUAAGUUCGAGCACAGCUGAGAAGUGCACUCAAGAUGUUGGCUUAUCCGCUUAAAAAUUUAUCACAAAUAUUUGCGUUAUAUAUACUCGUACUUUUUAUUUUUACAAAUGUUAAAGCGACAGUUGAUCCUGUAAUUGCACGUGAGUGUUACAGUUGCGAGGGCACAACCUGUCAAAGGACUACGAAACUCAAUGUCACAACUACUUGCUAUGAUGCUUUGGAUACAUGUGUGACUAUUUUUGAUCAGUUUACUGUUGCGGCUAAAGGUUGUUACUCAGAUAUGCCAGAAAUUUUGCGUAAAAAAUGCACCAACACUGCAAAUCCUGAAUGCUCUCAAUGCUAUGAUCAAUUAUGCAAUAAUAAAGCUCGUGCCGAUAUAAAAUGCAUUGAAUGCAAUUCAAAGGAACAAAUCCGAUGCGCUACAGAUACAAACUAUUUAAUACCUAAACAAUGCGAUGCACCUACGGCAUCGAAUACUUAUUGUUACGUUCGGAAGAAUGCAGAUAAUAUCAUUAUCAGAGGUUGCCUCGUUCAUGCAAAGGAUCAAAUUGCUUGUAUGAAGGAUGAUACUUGCAGUAUGUGUCAUGCUGGCAAUAAUCCAGGAUGUAAUAGUUUUUCUUUAGUCACAAGUAGUGCAAAUACUAAUAAGAAUAUUUCGCAUAAAUUAUUUGGUGUUUUUUAUUUCAUUCUGUUCGGAUUUUGGGUUAAAAAGUGUUCCAUAACAAAUACCUAAAAAAAAUUUUAAAUUUUA